AUGGAUAUUCUCCAGCGUGUUAGCAUGGCCGAGUGCCACUCAAGGACAACACCCGUGGACACUCGUGCCAAGCUCUUCGCUCGCGAUGGCGAACCUGUUGCUGACCCAAUAGAGUACAGGAGCCUAGCGGGUGCUCUCCAGUACCUGAUCCUCACCCGUCCCGACAUCGCCUACGCUUCGCACCAGGUGUGUCUCUUUAUGCAUGAUCCGCGCGAACCGCACCUCACCCUGAUCAAACACAUUCUAAGAUACCUGAAGGGCACCAUCGAUGUCGGCCUCCACAUUGGGACCUCUCCCGUCAUCUCCAUCAUGGCAUACUCUGAUGCUGACUGGGUGGGGUGUCCUGACUUCAGGCACUCUACAUCUAGCUAUUGUGUCUAUCUCGGUGACAACCUUGUGUCCGGGUCAUCCAAGCGCCAGACCACGGUUUCCCGAUCCAGUGCCGAAGUCGAGUAUCAUGAUGUCAUCCACGUCGUCGCCGAAUGUUGCUAG